AUGUAUCAAAGCGGCCUUGGGGUUUUCGGGUGUGGCCUUGGUGGUGUCGGAGGUGGAGCAGGACUUAGUUUUGGGAGGCUCGAAGAUGAAGAUGAAAGCACCAAAUUGAUAGAGACCUGUUACAAGGAAGAAGAAGAAGCAACACAGUAUGAGGCCGAAUUCAUAAUCGACAUCGUCAAUGUUAUAAGAAAAAAACUGGACUACAAGGCCCUAUACAUUGAGGACAAACUAGUGGGAAUAAGGGACAAUGUUGCUGCGAUUGAAUGCUGGUUACAAGAUCCAUCACCAAAUGCAGUCAUCCUUCUCAUUGAUUGGAUGGGAGGCAUAGGGAAAACAACCAUUGCCAAAUGCAUUUAUAACUCAAAUAUUUUUAAGUAUGAUGUCAGUUGCUUUCUCGCAAAUAUUAAUGACACAUCAAAUCAACCUGGUGGACUGCUUCGCUUGCAAAGUCAGCUUCUUUCCACAAUUCUAAAGACUAAAAGGGAAGAAACCAUAUGGAACGUGCAUGAAGGAACCAUUAAGAUUACAAAUGCCAUAUGCAACAAAGCUGUGCUUCUUGUCCUAGAUGAUGUUACAACAUUGCAACAGUUAGUAGCAUUACUAGGACCACAAAGCUUUUAUCCUGGAAGUAAAGUGAUCAUAACAACUAGGCACAAGUGGUUGUUAACUGCUUUCAAAGUUCAUCCUAAGGUUCAGUCUGUUCAAACGUUAUCUACCCAUGACUCUAUUGAGCUCUUCAGCUUAUAUGCGUUUAAUCGAGAUCAACCCAUUGAACCCUACACUGUCCAAUCAAAACUUUUUGUUCAUCAUUGCAUGGGUCAUCCUUUGGCUCUUAAAGUAUUGGGUUCUUCCUUACAUGGAAACACAAAAGACGUUUGGGAAGAUACAAUGCGCAAACUGCAAGUAGUUCCUAAUCCUGAGAUUCAGAAAGUUCUACAAAUAAGCUUUGAAACUUUAUCAGAUGACAAGGAUAAAGAUUUAUUCUUGCAUGUUGCUUGUUUCUUUGAGGGCGAGGAGAAAGAGUACAUUGUGAAACUAUUGGCCCAGUGUGAUCUAUACCCUGUGGUUGGGAUCAAGAAUCUGAUGGAUAGAUGUCUGCUAAAUGUUGAACAUGGGAGAGUAACGAUGCAUCAGUUAAUCAAGGAGAUGGGGCGAGAAGUUGUACGCCAGGAAUCACCAAAGGAUCCUGGGAAAAGAAGUAGAUUGUGGCAAGAUGAGGAUUGUUUUAAUGUGUUACGUGACAAUUCCGGUACAAAAAAAGUAGAAGGACUCAUGCUUGAUAUGCUAAAUAUGAAGGAUGCUAAAUCAACUUCAGCUAUAACGAUAAAUAAUCUAGGGAAACGUAGCUUUGAAGAAUAUCUUGGCAAAACAAGGUAUGGAAAUGAUGCAAUUCUCAAAAGUCGUGCACUGGAAAAGAUGAAGAAUCUAAUGCUACUGCAGCUAAACUAUGUAACUUUUUCCGGGACAUGCAAGAAGUUGCCCAAAAAAUUACGACUGUUGAGGUGGCAUGGAUGUUCUCUUGAAGCUAUACCAGGUGACACUUCUUUGGAGAAGUUGGUGAUUCUUGACAUGAGUGACAGCAACUUAAAGCGUGUUUGGGAUGGUUUCAAGUUCAUUGGAUCCCUACAAAUCCUUAAUCUUAGCUAUUCUAGUGAGCUAAUUGAAACCCCAGAUUUUGUUGGACUCCCCGGUCUGGAGAGAUUGAUACUAACAGGUUGUACUAGUUUAAUCAAGAUUGAUGAAUCGAUUGCAUACCUUAAAGAACUAGUCUUGUUAGAUCUAACCAAUUGUAGAAACAUAAGAGAUAUUCCAUGCUUACCUAGAUCCCUUGAAUCCCUUCAAAUGUCUGGUUGCCCAAACAUUGCAUUUCCCAGACAGGUUCGAUGCUUGGAAUUAAUUUCAUCAUUUUCUCUUUUGAAGAAUAUGGAUUUAUCAGAUUGCAAUCUCUUGGACGAUUCUUUCCCAAAUAACUGGAGUGGUUUGGUUUCACUUGUGUAUUUAAAUAUAGAUGGCAGCAAAGUAACUUCCUUACCAAAAUGUAUUCAAACCCUAUCUAAAAUCCGAACCCUUAGUGUUGAAUGCUGUUCAAAAAUCCAGUCAAUUCUAGGUGUCCCAGAAUCCGUCGAUACAUUGUAUAUCAGGAACAAUAUAUCCUUGAAAAAAGUACAGCCUGCACCAAAUUCGAGGACCUUAGUGUACCAUGAUAAAUGCGAAAAUUUGUGUGACAUGGUGGGUCGUUAUAAGCUUCAAUCAAUAGAGAAAGUUGAGAGGAAAAUUAUACGAUAUCUAGGCUUAGAGUUAAAUGCAGUUCAAGGAAUGGAGUUGGGUCUUGAGGUGUUACAUGAGUUUGGUAUAUUCAGCACAUUUGUUCCAGAAGAACAAAUCCCUUCCUCCUUCAUGUUUAACAAAAAGGGGCCAAAAUUUUCAUUUAAAGUUCCCUGGCAUCAUAAUAGUUUGAGAAUAAGUGGCUUCAAUAUGUGUGUUCUUCUUAAUCAAUUACCCAGUUUUCCGUAUAUGGAGAUUGAAUUACAUAAUGAGACUAAGGAUUUGGUGUGGAACUACAUUAAAGGAGAUCGGGAUGUGCCAAAGGGUGUCAAAAACAUUGCAUGGUUAAGCCUUUGGAGGUGUGGGAAUAUAUUGGAGGGUGGAGAUGAAAUUGUAAUAAGCAUUAACAAUGUGGCAGUAGAGGCAUGUUGUAUAAACUUAAUAUAUGAAGAUGAUGAACAACUUGAUGGGGAAGGAAGCAAGGCUCAUCGUGUCUUAGCACUUGAUCAAAUUUCAUGGAGUGAUAGAAUGCAUAAAGAUAUAUCAGAUUACGCUUAUAGUGGAAUGAGGCAUUCAUUCAAAAGUGAUAACUGGAGUUACUAGCAUACUUACAAGAAGACAAGACAGUUGGUGUAAUCCGCCAAAUUAAUCUUGAAUUGUUGACUAUCAAGUCUAAUGAUCAUUUGACUAUUAAAGGAAUGGUUUCUAACUUUCUAUGCUAUUUGUAUGGUUUAGGGUUAAUUCAUUUUUACAAAGUACUUUAUUUUUACCCAUAAAGAACAACCAACUUGCAUUUUUUUUUACGGAUUUAGGCGGUAUGUAAUGUGUUUGACAGGUCACCGGUCAAUUUUUCUUGCUGACUUGUAAAAGUUGCGUGUCGAUGUGUCAUUUUUUUUUUCAAUUACCUUAAAUAAUAUGUGGCAGUUAACAUUCAACAAAAACAAUACUCAAAUCUCAUAGGAAUGGGGUAAGAAAGAGGUAAGGACAUGGUCAUUACAGGUAAAAUUUAAAGUACACUGCAUUUUUUGUCUCAAACACAUCGGUGGCAACCUAUGUUGUUUUGUCAUAUCCUGUUUUGACUGAACUGAUCGCCAUUGUUAUUGCAGUUGUUGUCUUGGUUGGAUACUCCAUCAGACCAUCAAGUUCUGUUAUGAGGUUAAUAAAAAAAUUUGAGUAAAUUACAG